CAUGCAGAUGAGCGCUAUAAAUUCUAGUUCCGAAGUUCCAAUCCUAUCUGCAGUCUCCAUACCAAUCAAAUUCCCUAAAAUUUACUUCUAAGAUUCUCCCCAGAUCUACAUUCUCUCAAUUGUUUUCAACCUCUCGAUGACAACGUCGACCCUUUUCAAAGAAACCCAACCACCGCCGUCGCUGCAGCAAGAACUCCUGGUUACCACAGCCACCACUCCGGCUGUCAAGAAGAAACUAACCCUCAUUCCCCUCAUCUUCUUGAUCUAUUUCGAAGUAGCAGGCGGUCCUUAUGGCGAAGAACCCGCCGUCCAAGCCGCUGGCCCUCUCUUCGCCAUUCUCGGGUUCCUGAUUUUCCCCUUCAUCUGGAGUAUUCCGGAAGCCCUGAUCACCGCGGAGCUCUCCACCGCCUUACCCGGCAACGGCGGAUUCGUGUUAUGGGCUGACAGGGCAUUCGGCCCUUUCUUCGGUUCCCUCAUGGGUACGUGGAAGUUCCUUAGUGGUGUCAUAAACAUAGCUGCUUUUCCUGCUCUUUGUAUUGAUUAUUUGAAGAGAAUAUUUCCAAUUUUUGCAUCUGGAUUACCUAGACAAUUAGCCCUCUUGAUUUCCACUGUGUUGCUCUCGCUCUUGAAUAUCACUGGCUUAACCAUCGUUGGGUAUGUUGCGGUGGCGUUAGGGGUUAUCUCCCUGGCGCCGUUCAUCGUAAUGUCUUUGAUAGCCAUACCCCAAAUUCAUCCCCACAGAUGGAUUAGUUUAGGGCAGAAAGGCGUGAAGAAAGAUUGGACUUUGUUCUUCAACACUCUUUUUUGGAAUCUCAAUUUUUGGGAUAAUGUUAGUACUAUGGCAGGGGAAGUUGAGAAUCCACGGAAAACAUUCCCUUUAGCCCUGUUUUCUGCAGUGAUCCUCACAUGUUUGGGAUACAUAAUCCCUCUUGUGGCUGUAACUGGUGCAGUCGUGGUUGAUCAGAGUAAGUGGGAGGCUGGCUUCAUGGCCGAUGCAGCAAGAACCAUAUCCGGCACAUGGCUCAAAGUUUGGAUUGAAAUUGGAGCAGUUCUGUCGGCCGUUGGUCUCUUUGAAGCUCAACUAAGCAGCAGUGGUUAUCAACUUCUUGGAAUGGCUGACUUGGGCCUUUUACCAAAGUUUUUUGCUUCGAGAUCAAAACGGUUCAAUACUCCCUGGGUCGGUAUCUUGUUCUCAACUUUGAUUGCCAUUGGUGUAUCUUACAUGAGCUACACGGACAUUGUUGCCUCUGCCAAUUUUUUAUACAGUUUGGGGAUGUUGUUGGAGUUCUCCUCCUUUCUUUGGUUGAGGUGGAAGUCCCCACAAAUGAAUAGGCCUUAUAAAGUGCCUCUCCCGCUAUAUGCCCUUGUUAUAAUGUGCCUCGUCCCGUCGGUCUUUCUUGUAUUCAUAAUGGUCAUAGCUACCAAGACCAUUUACUUGGUGAGUGGAUUAAUGACUAUUGGAGGAAUUGGUUGGUUCUUCUUAAUGAGAGUUUGCAAAUCAAAGGGGCUCUUACAUUUCAAGAGGAAUUCGGAGGACCAAUGAAUUUUAAUAUAUUUGAGUAGGAAAAUAUGUAAAGUAAAUCAUACCACAUUAACAUAACCUAAAUAAUAUUAGGUGGCUUUGAUUUUUAUU